AUGGGUAAGGAACAUGUCAUUGAGGAUGCCUACAUGACUGAUGAGUUAGAUAGUUGUGGUGAUGAUGACAGUUGUGAUGAAAGACCAUGUGUAAUCAGGUUUAAUCAAGAAGAAUCUUUAAGUAAGAAUUUUGUUUUCAAGGUGGGAAUUGAGUUUUCUUCUUUGAGGCAGCUCAAUAAUGCCACCUUGGAGCAUAAUGUUUUGAAUGGUAGAUAUGUUAAGUUUGAAAAAAAUGAUGCUAACAGAUGCAGGGUAGUUUGUAAGGAUAAGAAAAAAUGUGAUUAUACAGCGCUGUGUAGUAGAGUUUUAACAUCCACCACAUUUAGGAUUAAGACUUUGUUUGUAAAUCACAAAUGUGGAAGACGCUUCUUCAACAAAAGUGCCAAAGCGGAGUGGGUGGGCAAGGUAAUUGUUGAUGGAUUGAAGAAUAACUCUAGGAUGAGGUUAAGUGAGGUAGUAGCAGAUGUCAGACAAAGGUAUGCAACAGAAAUUCCAGGCUGCAGAGCAUUCAAGGCAAGGCAGAUUACAAGACACAUUGUUGAAGAAGAUUCUAGCAAGAAAUUUAGUCUUUUAUGGUCUUAUGCUGCUGAGUUAAGAAUGGCUUCAAUUGGGAACACUUUCAAGAUCAACACCAAUGUUCCUAGUCCUGGCUUAAAACCAAGAUUUGAGAGGUGCUAUAUGUGUUUUAAUGGGACCAAGAAUGCCUUAAAAAAGGCAUGCAGACCAUUCAUUGGUCUAGAUGGGUGCCAUUUGAAACACAAGUAUGGUGGGAUUUUACUCAUUGCAGUUGGGAGAGACCCAAAUGAUCAGUAUUUUCCAAUUGCUAUUGCUGUUGUUGAGACAAAAUCAAAGGAUUUAUGGAGUUUGUUUCUAAAAUUGCUUAUUGAAGACAUAGGAGAUGGCAGGUGGUGUUUCAUCUCUGACCAACAAAAAGGUCUUUUUCAGGUUUUUGAAUAG